CUUCAAUUUGUAAUUAUAAAAAUCACUAAGGGCCGAUUUGCAAAAUCCGGGGUUUAUCCUCUUCUGGAAUUUUCCACUGCAUUAGAGCGCCUUCUGUCAGUUUUCCCACUCAUCAGGUUAGUAGAGCGGAGAAAAGAAGUAGCGCCGCCUGCGCUGCCUGAAUAUAAAUCAUUUCUUCAACUUCUUGGCCGCAUUCAAACCAAAUUAAUUAGGGGAGCUUCAGAAGAUCCCGAGCUCAAUCAUAAACCCUAACCCUAGCUCGAGAUAGCAAUUCGAUCCAAUGGCGAUACUUUCCGAGUACGAAGAGGAGGAUCAGAAGAAACCCACGCCGUCGGCGAGUUCGUCUUCAUCAAAAACCAAGAAGCAAUUCAACUCCGUUCUCGAUCCGUCGAAUCCCUUAGGGUUUUUAGAGGCGGCGCUGGAGUUCUUGGCGCGGGAAUCGGACCUCUUUAAAAGCGAUUCCCUAGUUCAGGAUGUGAGCGCUGUGGUGCGUCAAGUGAAAGACAAAGUUGGUGCUGAAGAAAGGAGGAAAAAAGAGAAGGCCGCACUCGAAAAGAAAAUCAAAGAGGACAAGCCCGAGGUCAAAGUUAAACAAGAACCUGUGUCGAAGGACAUACAGAUGGAUGAGGCGAAGGAAGAUGUGAAGGAUGAAAAUAAGGGUGCCCGAGCUCCGAACAAAGGUAAUGGUCUGGAUAUGGAUAAAUAUUCCUGGAUUCAAUCUCUCCAGGAGGUCACCAUCAACAUUCCUGUUCCCCCUGGAACAAAAUCAAGGUUCAUUUCGUGUGAAAUAAAGAAGAAUCAUCUCAAAGUUGGCCUGAAGAACCAGCCUCCAAUAAUUGACGGUGAACUUUAUCAACCAGUCAAGGUAGAUGAUUCUUUUUGGAGCCUAGAGGAUCAGAAAUCCAUCUCCAUACUCCUGACCAAACAGAACCAGAUGGAAUGGUGGAAAUAUCUAGUUAAGGGUGACCCUGAAAUUGAUACUCAGAAAGUGGAGCCCGAGAACAGCAAACUAUCAGAUUUGGACCCAGAAACCCGAUCGACUGUAGAGAAGAUGAUGUUUGACCAAAGACAAAAAUCGAUGGGUCUGCCAACAAGUGAUGAGAUGCAGAAAGAGGAGGUUCUGAAGAAGUUUAUGUCCGAGCAUCCUGAAAUGGACUUCUCUAGGGCGAAGAUUAUGUAGAUCAAAGCGGUUUCUCUAGACAUGGCUCACGGCUCAAAUAGCUAUGGUGGAUAAAGUGGGUGCAUCUUGGUUGUUUUGCUGUAUCUGGUUAAGACUAGGCUAGAUGUUUGGUCUAAUUUUGUGGGUAAAUGACCUUGCAACUAAUUGGUGAAUGUGUUUGUCAUGUAAUCCAGGAGUGUACGCUUAGGGAUGGAUGCGUUUGAUAAAUUAUUGGUACUAAGACCUGCUAAGUGUGUUAGACGUGAUGGUUAAACAUUUAUUUUGAGUCAUCCCCCUAAUAUAUGGAAUUCCUUUGACUUCAUUUUAGACUGGAAAGAGUCUUUCCAUUUUUUGUGUUGGCCGAGGGAAGCUAAGGUGUUUUCAGUUCUGGAUGUACUGCACUCUUUUAUAAGGAUUAAAUGGCCUCCGUGUGUUUAAAUGAAGGUUCUCCUUAAAAGUGUGUUUAAGUAUUGUAAAGUGGUUUAAUGUAGGACCGUACGUUUUGGUGCUUGUUUUUAUAUCUAAGUAGUGUGAGACAAGAAUUUGUUGGAGGUCGAUAGAAGGUAAGACUCUCGAUGCCGACAACACUCUGUCGAUGGAACGUUGUUUUAUGAGAUUUUCAACAAUUCACCGUUAUUAGUGAUGGGUUGGGUCUAGUUUGGCCCACUUACAGGGUAGAGGGCCAUCGGGGAGUAUAAUGGGCCCAAUCAGUAGGAUGUUUACCAUCUGGGCUUUGAAAGUACAUUGGAACCCUCUGGUCUAAUUUGUUUUUAUGUCUGGGAUUAGAAUUUGCUGGCGCACGGUGAGUUGCUGUUUUGGUGCGAAUUGCUUUCUUGAUAAAUAUAUUUUCUCCGUGAUAAAAUAAUUUGUAGUAGGAAAAUAAAAAUAGGAGAGGAACUUAAAAUAGAAUCGGUU